CCGACAACGACGGUUGCUGCGAUGAAUUUUCCCAGCUUACUAGGAUUAUCCCUGCUCGCCGUUCUUUUGGUUUGCUCUUCAGCGUUAAAUGACCAUGAAAUUGCUAGCCGAAUAACCAGUGCUAAAUGUCAGGAUUACGUGGACAUGGUAUCAACACCGCACGACAUCAUGACGCUGGCCCUGGACUCGCCCGUUCGCCAGGUUUACAGCCUUCAGUGCCCACUGCAGAACCCGUACGUACUAGGUGGAAAGCAGGUUCAAAAGUACGAGUUCCCCCACAUGGUCGCGCUGGGUUAUUGGUUUCUUGGCAGAGGCGAUCCCAAUCUGUACGAGUUUCUUUGUGGUGGAACGCUGAUUAGCGAGCAGUUUGUGCUGACUGCUGCCCACUGUAUCAACGAGAAGCUCGAUGUCGUUCGAAUUGGAGUUGUCGCGUUGGACGACCCAGAUGCGCAAGACUAUCGCAUCGUUGAGAAGUUCAUUCACGAAGACUACUCACCGGUGACGAAGUAUAACGAUAUUACGCUGCUACGGUUGGAUCGUAACGUAAGCAUCUCACUUCACGUGCGACCGGCGUGCUUGGGGACGGAUCGAACCGAGCGAAUACGACGAGCUACCGUUACCGGGUGGGGCAAAACCAGUCUCGAAUCGGGACCUUCCAAUGAGCUGUACAAAGUAUCGCUUGACGUGCCGAUGGAUCGCAGAAAGUGUGCCAAGAUGUACAACCGUCCCGGCUACAGCAGGUUGGUUGAUCGGCAAUUCUGUGCGGGAUCGCUGGAGGGUAGUCAGGAUGCUUGCCAGGGAGAUUCCGGUGGUCCGUUGCAGGUUUUCGAGGACGACAAAUGUCGGUAUCAUGUGCUUGGGGUGGUUUCCUUCGGAAAAAUCUGCGGUUCGGCUGAGUACGGAAUCUAUACCCGGGUGUCACGUUAUCUCGCGUGGAUCGUUGAGAAAGUUUGGCCCGACGAGUGGCAGCACCGGGAGGAGUGGGAGUACUAA